UGUAAAGCUGUAAAGUGUUUGACAUUUUCAUUCAUUCAUUUUCUACCGCUUUUUCCUCACGAGGGUCGCGGGGGAUGCUGGAGCCUAUCCCAGCUGUCUUUGAGCGAGAGGCGGUGUACACCCCGGACCAGUCGCCAGCCAAUCACAGGGCACAUAUAGACAAACAACCAUUCACACUCACAUUCAUACCUAUGGACAAUUUGGAGUCGCUAAUUAACCUAGCAUGUUUUUGGAAUGUGGAAGGAAUGUUUCUGAUUUUAAUGAUCAGAAUUUACAGGUAGCAGGUAGCGAGUCUGGCAACCCGGCAGAAUCGGAAUGUCAGUCCCACUUCCCAUCAAUGCUUGAGACUUGGUACUCGGGGCCCGAAGAACAGCACACAGGACCAACAAAAAACCUCAUCAGUGACUUUAUCGUCAGGUAUAUCAUUACCAACUGAUGGUGCACGUUCUGUGAGGUGCAAGACCCAAUGUGGACACCAGAUGGCAGCAUCACACAGAAAGUGGAUUUACCAAAGACUUGACUCACUCUGGUUGGGAAAUGAUUGUGGUAAGCCACGGAAAUGACAUCCACUCUCCACUGCUUCUUGUCUUCUUGCGCACUCUGAGCCUCGCUCCUCCUGCACGCUCUCUCCGAAGGCCUCCCACGCUCCUUCACUGUGUCGACACUCACUAAAACCAAGACUGUGUCUCAUCGGGGGAGCGUGCUGUCGACUCAGCAUCCAUGUGUGUUCCUCUGCAGCACCUUGCCGAGUUGUGUAACUGCGGGAAAACGGAGAGAGCCAGGUUGAACCACCCAAGAGUCCGGACAUUUGAGAAGGAUCUAACAUGGCAUCUGUAAAGCGGCGGUUUAUGCUCCUUCUGCUGACGUUCAAAGUCUUCUUUGCCCUGCAAGAGGAGGACGAUCGGGGACAGGAAACGGCUUGGUCUGACCCCCGUAGGUGUCGCUGUCCGAAGAGGGCGACGUGAGCGGGUGGCUCAUGUUCUCGUCGGGCGUGCUCCCGCUGGAGAAGGACCCCUCCAUGUGCGUCCGCCUGAAUAGCAACUCGGCGCUGUUCCCUAUCGUGGAGGCCAGCUGCUUGGCGUCGUCCGGCACGGUUCUGGACACCAUGACGAAGCGGGCCAGCUCGUCGCUCUUGUUGUGAUGCUUGCUAGCGGCCGAGGCGGCUAACGUGUUCAGCGCCCAGCAGCUGUUUUCCAGGACUUGGUAGAUCUGCAGGAGGAUCUGCUGCGAGUCCUCCAGGCGGCCCAGCUGCCGUCUCAUCUUGCUGUGAAGGGUGGAGUCGGAAAGGGCCGUGGCGUUGGCGGCGGCACCUCUUCCGAAUACAACAAAGUCCCCCACGCUCGCACGGAUCCUGUCCAGCACUGUGCGGACAUCGUUGGCGUGGCGCUCCAUGAAGGGAAAAGUCCUCCAGUGAGGGGACGCCGCCAUUGAAUGCAAAGCCCCGACUGAGGCCUCCACAGCCUGCUGCAGACGGAACAACCUCUGGACUGCUGUGUCGACAUCCAAAACCAAGCGCCCCUCGGCGCUGGAGCCCGUGGAGGACGAGGAAGUGGACAUGCUGCUUCGCGUGCUUCCCGUGCUGGAGAACGACAAGCGGUUCACGCCUUCCGUCACAUCCGCAACUGCACGGGAAUCCUGAGCGGGGACAUCAUACACGCCUUUGUCUCGAUCGGCGGGCGAGCUUCUGUGCUGGGGGAGCUGCAUGCCCCGCGGGAUGUCAUAGACGUCGCUCUGAGAGCCGGCGCCCGCUGAGAGAAGAGCGGUCGGAGACAGCAAAGGCGGAACCUUCACACACAGCAUCCUGGGAGACUACAAUCGGGGCAAACGGUCCUUGAACGCACCAUGGUUGUGUGCUGUGACCAGGCUCAAGGCUGCAUUGUGACUCCAAUUUCAUCUGUUCAUCGAUGGUUUCAGGCAUACACACCACCUUCCCCUGCCAGUAAUUUGCCUCUGCAUUGGUCUUGUAUUGCUGCACCGCCGACUGUUCAUCAUCCUGUCACCAGCCACUGCAGGAUAAUGUUUCAGUGUCAAGAUGCCGGAUCUUACACGCGAUGGUGAAACUCCUCUCUUGUGUGCAAUCAUCAUCAUCAUCAGCUUCAGGGAGCAGAAUUGAUCCCAUCAUCCACUUGUGCCCCCCCUGAUAUGAACACAACAAUGCAGUCGCUGAGAUGUGAGGUGAAGCUUGAUUAUGUGUUGACACUCUCAUUUCUGCAGCCAAGAUGGCCUCCAGCAGGGUGGGAGCACACAGCCCUCCACAGCAGGCAAGUGAAAUGUGUGCCAAAGACUGGUCUGUCUGCGCGAUGCAUCCAGCACAUUUUGGAGCGCUAGUUUCUACAGCGAGCUGUCCAAGGCACUGAAACAAAGCACCGAGAGAAAAAAAAAACAAAACAUUGCGGUUUUGGCUUUGCUCUGCUGGUUAUUUAUGGAACUUGUUGGAGGGACCAGACCUCAACCCCAACAAAAGCCUUUGUGAUGAACUGGAACAGAGAUGGUCACACAGGUGGGAGGAAGUAAAGACAUGCAAGCUGAUCAGGUCACAAGAUUAUCCCUUCCAAAACUUGACGUGGGUGGAUCAAAUGUUAUCUUACAACAUCUUCCAUCACCUACGCUUGAGGGUGCCUGAUCCUGGUGUGGCCCUCUCAGGUAAACAACGGUUAUGAGACGUGGGAGCUGAAAGAUGACUGCCCAUCUCUUCAGGCUGGGACUCAGUCCAAAGUCAUGUGGUCGAGCUUGUCACAUGGAUCCAUUUUGAUGUCAAAGCAGCGAGAAAUGGAAACCUCUUGUUCUACUGAUGGGAACGUGCACCACUUCAAACGUGUUUGAUGUUCAUGCUCGGAUUGGGAACACCUGCUUUUAGACAGGCAGCACAGGACAAAUACGCUUCGGUGAGCAAACAUGUUGGGAAGAGUCAAGCUUCGACAGGAAACAAAGGUUGACAUUUGCUUUGCAAACAUUGCAGGCUUUAACUCUUUGCUGCUGCCUUUCUCUUCCCCUUAAAGAGCCCCAAUCACUGGGUCAAGGACAGUGAAUGCAACAUGUACAGUAUGACUCGAUAUAGAUUGUGAAAAGUAACUCCCUAUUUGAUAAAUGUUUUGUUAUUCUUCUGCUACGGAAAUGAUUUACACACUAGAACCACGGAGAGCUCCCCACCAACUCACCUACGUCACGUGCUACUGUUAGCAAAUGCUUUUUUUCACCCCCAUUCAAAGAAUUUAGCGGACGAAAACUACAAAAAUAAGAAAAUUAUGCACAUGUUAUACUUCUGGAAUGGUUAUUAUAUUGUAUUUUAUUAUGGUUUAUUUAAAAAAAGAGUCCUCUUUUCUGAUUGGCUGAAUUCCGCAUCAGGAGAGCUGGCGUCCUCGGGUGUUUACGCACGAGCGUCACCACGUUGUUUUGAGGAAUAGCAAAGUGCAUUAAAGGCCAGCUCGGACAACUGUCAAUUGUUUAGAUGAGAAAGUGUAACUCGAACUCGGUGGUAGUUUUAAUACUGUAUUUGCCAUCGAUACGCAACAUUAUGAAAUAUAUAUAGCAUGCCAUCCUCCUUUUGUGUCCCAUUCAUAAAGCAGCUUUAAUAUGUCUGCGUAACACGUCACCCGCUUAAAAAAAAGGCUGACUGUCUCUUUAAGAGUUAUGUAGCUGGGCGAGUCAAUGUAGGACGAGUCGACCGUGUGUGUGUGUGUGUGUAUGUCUGUACUCCGGCUGCCAUCCCCAUCAUGGCCUCCACACCGACACCACCGACUCCAGCACAACCGAGGAUAAAACGACCAGCCACCGGCCCUUCCCUUUCCGACGUGGAGACGGACACGAAGCCGAAGCAGAGGCACCGGUAGAGGCGAGCCGCGCCGGGGAGAGCCGCCUCGCAGCCCAUAUGUCACCCCGGUCUCCCCCAUGCCUUCGUUUAAAGCCAAGUACGACUCAAUAAAGGAGGGUGCGAACCCGGGCGGCGGCGGCGGCGGCGGCGGCGCCAAGAACAUGUCAACAAACAGAGAUUAUUCCGUUAAUCUGUCGGUGCAGCAAGUACUGAGCCUUUGGGUGCAAGGGACGGCGCUGCAGCACUUCACAGAGAUGUGGUACUGGGUGUUCCUGUGGUGUCUCUUCUCCUCACUCUUCGUCCACGGGGUGGUGGGGCUGCUCAUGUUUGUCAUGCUGCAACGCCACAAGAGAGGUCGCCUCAUCACGCUCGUGCUGGUCAGUGUGGGCUUCCUGGCCUCCCUCUCUGGAGGCGUCAUCACCAGUGCAGCAGUGGCGGGCGUGUACCGCGUGGCAGGGAAGGGCAUGGCACCGCUGGAGGCUCUCAUUCUCGGCGUGGGUCAGACCAGCCUCUCCGUAAUCAUAUCCUUCUCACGCAUCCUGGCAACACUAUGAAGGACGCAGACUGGGUGAACACGGCCAGUCGGACUUAACGGCGCUCAUGUGGACCUCAGCUCAUAUCUACCUACUGCCACAAUUACAGGAGCCCCUUCUUUGCAAUGACGAAAGGAACUCGAUUCAGUGCAAGACGCGCCGCCAUCCUCAGCUGCUGGACUGAAAGCCAUGUUGGGGUUGAUUUUUCCAGAGGUAACUUGGUGCCAACGGUCUUCUCUGGGAUGUCCUUACAUGCCUUUGUGGACACUGACUCUUCAAGGUUUUAUGCUACCCUUAAUGGGAAUGAUGAAUUGGAAGGUUUUUUUUUUUUUUUUUAUAAGCGGAAACAUGAUUACCUGUCCUCUUAAUCUGUUGAAACUCGGCUUAAAGAACAAAUGUUGCGCACUGAUGACUGAACAGUCUUUAUACAGUAUUAAAAUUCUCCUAAGCAUUCCAGCUUAGCCAAUUCCAGAAGUUAGAGAGGUGUGAAUUCAGCAAACAUGGAAGAGAAAACAAGUAUCAGUGCCAUAACGUCUGUUUUUAUGGGAACGAUGUAAUGCCAGUUUGCCUCCCAGAAUGUUUUUUUUUUUUUUUUUUUAAUAAUACUAGUUUUGCAACGGUGAGUGUGAAUGGUUGUUUGUCUAUAUGUGCCCUGUGAUUGGCUGGCGACCAGUCCAGGGUCUACCCCGCCUCUCGCCCGAAGACAGCUCGUGAGGAAAAGCGGUAGAAAAUGAAUGAAUGAAUAGUUUUGCAACGUAAGUUUCUUUGAAAAAGACUUUAAAAGGCUUGAUUGACAUCCGACACAUCAACAGCAAUGCAGUUGUUUGCUUCGUCACUGAGUGAGUGAGUCCUAAUUAACACGUCAGGGUCAAAACGUAUACUUAAAUCAACAAUCCCUGUGGUUGGCGGCUGACGGGCAUAAUGUGAGGAGGAAGUAGAAGAGGGAGGAGAUUGUGGUCUUCCAGCCAAAGCAUUAGCAACCUUUCUAUAUUAAUUUCAUAGCGGCGGAUCCUUUCACAUGUUCAAGGACAUCAUCUUCAGCCUUGAUUGGAGAGAACCAUUUAGGCUCAUCGGGUGAAAACGAUGUAAUACAUAAGGCACACCUACGCAUGGUGCGGUAAACUGACCCACAAUCAUUUCUGUUGCUCUCCUCUUUCGUUAUUUUUCUUUUUCUUGUCCCUUAAGAUCUAAAGUUUUGAUUUGGCACAAGUCUGAAAAAGCUAACAUGUCAUACUACACACUCCAAAAAAGUAGGGGGCAGCAUGGUACUACAAGAAUGCAUAAGAAACAUGCUAACUUCCUUAGCAUUAGCUUUCUUAGCUGUGUUAGACUGACUGCUGCUCCAAACCAGUAUGCGGCAAUGUGUUACUACAACACAUACAAAACAUGCUAACUUCAUUAGCAUUAGCGUCCUUAGAUGUGUUUAGGACUGACUGCUGAUCCAAACCAGCAGGGGCAGCGUGGUACUACAAGAACGCAUAAGAAACAUGCUAACUUCCUUAGCAUUAGCUUUCUUAUAUGUGUUUAGGACUGACUGCUGCUCCAAACCAGUAGUGGGCAGCAUGGUACUACAACACAUAAAAAACAUGCUAACUUCCUUAGCAUUAGCAUGCUUAUCUGUGUUAGGACUGACUGCAGAUCCAAACCAGUAGUGGGCAGCAUGGUACUACAACACAUAAGAAACAUGCUAACUUCCUUAGCAUUAGCUUUCUUAUAUGUGUUUAGGAAUGACUGCUGCUCCAAACCAGUAUGGGGCAGCGUGGUACUACAAGAACACAAAAGAAACAUGCUAACUUCCUUAGCAUUAGCUUUCUUAUAUGUGUUUAGGACUGACUGCUGCUCCAAACCAGUAGUGGGCAGCAUGGUACUACAACACAUAAGAAACAUGCUAACUUCCUUAGCAUUAGCUUUCUUAGCUGUGUUGACUGGCUGCUGCUCCAAACCAGUAGGGGGCAAUGUGUUACUACAACACAUAAAAAAUAUGCUAACUUCCUUAGCAUUAGCGUUCUUAUCUGUGUUAGGACUGACUGUAUGGUACUCUAACAACACACAAGAAACAUGCUAACUUCCUUAGUUCCCAGCUGCCUCCUUAGUUGUGUUAGGACUGGAUGUGGCUUCUUGAUGAACAAAGUGUUUGCAAGGUAAGGUAAACCAAUGUUAGCUUGUUCAGGCGCUUACAAAUUGACCCUUUAACUAACUUGGCAUUAUGCACUGAAUUGAAUCUGCCUUGAUUUACACAAAAAUGAGUGAUAUCCGAUUUUUUUUGUUUGAAAGAAACUGCUACACUGGUUGAAAUAUGUGCCUGUUUUACUCAGUUACUUACAAACAGGAACAUGUACGUAGAAUUGUAUUCAAAUGCUCACUGAAUGCCCCCCGAAAUGUCAGCACCCAACUCAAGGAGGAAGGAGACACCAAAGUAUCUCAUAUACUAGCUUUAUUUGCGUUGUCACCACAUUUUAGAUAGAGUUGGUGCUCCCACUUUGGCUGUAAAUGUAUUGAAUGUGUGAUUCGCAGAAUCGGUAUUUAUGUGUGAAAGGAGUUGUGUAACUGACAUGGCUCCCCUUCACUACCAAUUCUCUCCGCAAGAGGGCGGCAUUGCACUGUUAUUAACGGGAUGGACAGCUUUUCCUUAACCCGUGUUGUCCAUAGUGCAAAAUAUCGUAUCAUAAUUGACAAAUCCACUCCCAACACCCCUUUUAGUCCACUGAAUAUUGUACUUAACUGUCCAUUUUGAAUGUUUUUGCUCUUUUUCAGGGACCAAAACAUGACUUGGUAGUGAUGACUCACUUGCUUGUCUUUUCAUGUGAUUGCUACCAAUAACAGUAUUCAUUUUAAUAUGCUUCACAUUUUCAAAAGGUGCCCUAAAACAUGAAAUCUGGAUGCGGACCUAACUGUUAGAGGCUCACAAUGGGUUACAUAAUGUGUUUGUUUUUGUGGCAGUACUGUAAGCCGCUGUUUCUAUCCUGACCUGCAGCUUGAAAUAGUGUCACAUUGUCAUUGGAUAGCAUAAUAACACACACAUGCAUUCACACUGUGCCAUGAGAAAUUAGGAGUUUUCAUUCUGCUGCUGCACCUUGUGUGUCUGUGUGUGCGUUGUGUGUUUACUGCAAUAUCUAAGGAGACACCCAGCAACUAUUAAUCCCCUCCAGACAUUAAAAUAUCAUUGCGAUGCUGUGUGAUGCCCAUGCAGCUUUAGUAUUCUUUUCAUGUCAUGUCAGCCCUGUUUACCUGCUGUGUGUGUGUGGGUGCAGCUCAUACCAUGUGAUCGGACUAUGGACAAUCUUAAAAAGAGAGACAGUGUUGUCCCAAAACCCAAAGUGGCACUUGUCAAUAAUGUACAAUAUGUUUUUUUUUUUGUUUUGUUUUUAAAUUUUGUACCAGCCAAACAGCUGAUAUUUAUAACAAUGACCUAUUUAUGUGCAAAUGGUUCUUCUGUAAAUAUUCAACUGUCAGUUGAAAUUAAAAAAUCUUUUUAGUAUAAAUGUUGGACUCCCUGGAGUGUUAGAACAGCUAUAUCAGGGAAAGUUACAAUAUUCAGAGAAUACACUUGUAAUAUUAUGAGGAAAAAUAAUGCAAUUUUAGUAGCAUAGAGUUUAAAAAAAGCAGAAAAAUAGACCCUGCGUUGUGCUUUGUCUUCAUUGGGCAAGAGGAAGUAGACUGUUUGCAUAUGGUGGCAUGAUACCCCCCAAAAAAGCCUCCAGUAUACAGUACGUGAUCGGUAUCAUUGUAAUGACAGCGACGUGCGGCCUCGCCCUCCUCAACCCAGACACUGGGACUGAACAAAACCGGACCCGAUUGUUUGGCGUGGCAUUUUGUUUGACAUUUUGUUCCUAUUUCAGCAGCGUGGUGCAUUUUCUGAGACAGGAUGUGCGCUUAUUUAUUUUUUUGAGGUUAUUCAUACCCUCAUCAAAGUGAUGACUUUAAUACAAUGGGACAUGGUGGAUAUAUGAAUGAAGGUAAUGGAAUUUAGUCAGCCUGAGUGGAGAUUUGAUAGGACAAAACCUGCACGUUAUCAUCAGUGUGUUUGUUGGUGUGGGCCCCUGAUUUAUGUCCACCAUUAAAGUGGCAAGUCAGGUUGAGGCAAGAAAGAAAGAGACAAAUCUGAUGCCACAGUGAUUGACACAGGUGGUGUAAUUGUACAGCUGCUGCCUUUUCAUUUUGUUCCAUUGCACAGAAUUGCACAGAAUUUCCCAAUCAUGAGGCCCAGACUUCCUGUUUGUGAUAAGUCAUUUUGAAAAGGGAUUGUGUAAAGGUACAGCUGCUACUCUUUUUAAGGCUAGGAUACAAAAAAUUGUGUUAAUUUGCACUAAAAAUAAUUUAUUGAACAAUUUUGUGGCGAACGCACAGUGAAAAAUGGUUAACACGCAGGCCACACAGCUAGGAGACCCAAGUUCGAUUCCACCCUCGGCCAUCUCUGUGUGGAGUUUGCAUGUUCUCCCCGUGCAUGCGUGGGUUUUCUCCGGGUACUCCGGUUUCCUCCCACAUUCCAAAAACAUGCUAGGUUAAUUGGCGACUCCAAAUUGUCCAUAGGUAUGAAUGUGAGUGUGAAUGGUUGUUUGUCUAUAUGUGCCCUGUGAUUGGCUGGCUACCAUUCUAGGGUGUACCCCGCCUCUCGCCCGAAGACAGCUGGGAUAGGCUCCAGCACCCCCUGCGACCCUCGUGAGGAUAAGCGGUAGAAAACGAAUGAAUGAAUGACAGUAAUAUGCUCUUUUAACUGUAACAUAUACUCUCACACUCCCAAGGACUUCUGGACAGCUGCCGAGCUCAUUUUGUCACUGAUACUGCUAAAUGACACUGACAAAUAGUUACUCACACGACCAAGUAACUUCAGCAUCAGUUUGAACAGUUCAGCUUCGUAUAGUCCAGCUUCGCGCAUGUUCAAAAAAAUAAUCAUGUGUGCUGUUGAGAGAUGAGCAUGUUUUUCUUUUGCUGGCCAGGAAUCAAAAACAACUCCAACCACUUCGGCCUGAUGUUUGCCUUUUUAGGAAGGCUAAACAAAAUGAUCUUUCCCUUACACCGGAACAAACAUUUCCUCUGUGCUAUUGCUAACUAACACGGUGAGACCACAGAAGGGUGAGGGUGGGCCUACUACGUAUCUGGGCAUGCCCAUUAAAGGAAGUGCGGGUUGUAUUGACAUGAGUAGAACUCUGUAAAACAGAGCUUGCACGUGUGACUAAAAUAAUGAACGUGGUAUGUCUUUCUUUUGAACAACACCCUCCUUGAUGCGGUCAUCGGAAUGUUUCCAGCUGUUUUGCAUACCAAAAUGACAAAAGUAAAGAAGCCCAACUUAACAUAGCAUGGUCCCCAUCAUGCUGACCCGCCGGGCCACUCGCUGCUAUUGUCUUAUUGUUUCCGCCACAGGAAAUACUCAAGAGUUUAGCGUGAGUGCAGACAAGGGGACUGCAUGCCUUCUUUGUAAAAAAAAAACACCUCCAACAAUGA